CUUCAUGAAUCUAUCUCGUUCAUGUAAAAUUCAAUAUUGCUUAAAAAAAAAUAUGUAUAGUUUUUUGAUUAUUUGUUUUUUGGCGUCUUUGUCGAUAGUGACAGCAAAUCCUGAAAGGAAGUACAACAACCAAAGUGAAGUGAUGGAUGAUAUGUUGGAUAAUAUAUUCAUAUGUAUGCAAGAACUGGAAGUAAAUAUCGAUAUUUGCAGUGAAUUAUUAAUGAAGGAUAAAGACCACAGUGAUAAAAAAUACAAUGGUUGUAAGUGUUUUGGUCCGUGUGUGGCGAAAAAAAUGGGAACGAUGAAUGUGGACAGUGGAAAAUGGAACUGGACAAGAUUUAAAGAGUUAUCGAUUUUAUUCGAUAACGAAAUGCUUAAAAAAGAAACUAAAAUAAUGGAAAUGGCUUGUUUAGAUGAAGUGAACACUCAUUGCGAAGCCGGUUACGCGAUGAUGAAAUGUGUUUUGGAAAAUUCACCGAUGGCGAAAGAUAUGGCAAAAAAUUACUUAGCCGCUCGAGAAAGCUUAAAUAACGGAGAUUCAAUUACAGAAGAAGAUAAUUAAUCUAAUAAAAUACGUUUCAAAUAAAUUAAUUUACCUAACUUUCGAUUGCUAACAUAAUAUACCAAUUUUAAUUUACUAAAGGCAAUAUAUAUAUAUAAAUAAUAAAUACCUGCAAUAAUAA